UCCAGCUCUCUGUUUGUGCGCUAACUGAAAUGGAUGGAGUAGAGAGCAAAAGGACAGAGUAUCAGAGGAGCAUCAUGAAAGAUAGCGAGAAUAAACCAGACUCCAGCAUCCCCGAGCGCGUGACACUCAAGAAGGAGAUCGGACUUCUGAGCGCGUGCACGAUCAUCAUCGGUAACAUCAUUGGCUCAGGAAUCUUCAUCUCUCCUAAGGGGGUUCUGGAGCACUCGGGUUCUGUUGGAUUGGCACUGGUGGUGUGGAUGCUAGGAGGGGGUGUAGCUGCUCUUGGUUCACUCUGCUACGCUGAACUAGGGGUCACCAUCCCCAAAUCUGGAGGAGACUAUUCCUACGUCACUGAGAUAUUUGGAGGUCUUGUGGGGUUUCUGCUGUUAUGGAGCGCAGUACUGAUCAUGUAUCCCACCACACUGGCAGUCAUAGCUCUCACUUUCUCCAACUAUGUGCUUCAGCCUGUUUUCCCGCACUGUGUCCCUCCAUACAUGGCCACACGCAUGCUGUCCAUCAUCUGCAUAUUGUUUUUGACGUGGGUGAACUGCUACAGUGUGCGUCUGGCCACACGGAUCCAGGAUGUGUUUACAGUGGGGAAACUUCUAGCUUUGGGGCUCAUCAUUAUUGUCGGUCUCAUGCAGAUUUAUGAAGGUAACUAUGAGAGCCUGACUCCACAGGUGGCAUUCAUGUUUAAUAAAGCUCCAUCUAUUGGGCAGAUCGCUCUGGCUUUCCUUCAUGCCUCCUUUGCCUUCAGUGGGUGGAACUUCCUAAACUACGUUACAGAGGAGGUGGUGAAUCCAAGAAGGAAUCUGCCACGAGCCAUUUACAUCUCAAUUCCAUUGGUGACAUGUGUGUACACUCUCACAAACAUUGCGUAUUUCUCCUCAAUGUCUCCUGAGGAGCUGCUCUCAUCUAACGCAGUGGCAGUUACGUUCGGUGAGAAACUCCUUGGGAUGUUUUCCACCAUCAUGCCUAUCUCUGUGGCACUCUCCACUUUUGGCGGUAUCAAUGGCUACCUCUUCACCUCCUCCAGGUUGUGUUUUUCCGGGGCAAGGGAAGGGCAUUUACCCAGCCUUCUGGCUAUGAUCCACUUUAAGAACUGCACACCGAUCCCAGCUUUGCUUGUUUGUUGCACUGCCACAAUUGUAAUCUUGUGCAUUGGAGAAACUCACAACCUUAUAAACUAUGUGUCUUUCAUCAACUACCUCUCUUAUGGAGUUACUAUAGCUGGUCUGCUCUACUACAGAUGGAAGAAGCCAAAUUUAUACAGACCCAUCAAGGUGAGUCUUUUGGUUCCAGUGGCAUACCUGCUGUUCUGGGCUCUGCUGCUGGGCUUCAGUCUACACUCAGAGCCGUUGGUGUGUGGUGUAGGGCUGGUCAUCAUGCUCACUGGAGUGCCCGUCUAUUUCCUUGGAGUUUACUGGCAACACAAGCCAAAAUGCAUAUAUGACUUUAUUGAGUGGGCUACGUACCUGGGACAGAGGGUGUUUUUUGUUGUUUUCCCACAAAUUGAUCCCAUAGAAGUCACAGAAUGGACUGACAAAUCUUCCUUCACGAGCAAGGCUUCAGGACCACUUUGAAUUUUGUAUUAAUUUAAUUUGCCUGUUUAUUUGCUUAAAAGGGCAUCUACAAAGGCUUGUAGGGGAAAUCAAACAAUAACUGCCUCAUUUAUUUCAAUGGGGACUCUGAGUGUUUGUUUCCAGUGGCACCACUUCAGCAAUUAUGGAUUGUGUCUUUAAACUGUUUCACUUUUCAUUUGUUAGGUAUGUUUUUACAGGACCAGAAAAUUGGCUUCAGUGUUUCAACCCUUAAAUUUGCUACUGGGGUUCAUUUGCAAUUGACAUUCCUGUGUUGACGUAUGGGAUGUGUACAGUAUCUCUCUUCUCUUUUGCAUGAUUAUUCACUUGUAGUUUCUUGAACACAACAUAACAAUUUACACAAACUAUGCAUGCCUCAUUGAUGUAAAUACAUUUGAAAUGUUUCUAACAAUAAUAUUCACUAUACACAAUUUUGUUUCCAGCUUGAAGUUGUAAUGUUACAUCAAGGCAUUUUAUUGUCAUUAUUUUUAUUAUCCCUAUUCUCUUAUUCUUGCAAGAAAAAGUUGUUUUUUCCAAGACAAUGGAACAAGAUGGAAAAAAAUAAUUGCUUAACAAUACUGACAAGGGGAAUGAUGAGAAUGGAGGUGGAGGGCGUUUAUGCUUAAAUCAAGUGAAAACAAAAGUGCAUAUGAAACUUUUUAAAAAAGUAAACAUGUCCUAUGCAAUUUUGCUUAUCAGGUAAAUGUGUCUUGUUAAGGAUGUUGAUAUAUUUGUUUAGAUACCACACAAAACAAAACCUGUGCUUUCAGACAGUGACAGUUUCAGUGCCAUCCCUUGGGUGUUUUUGUUUAUACAAGCUGAAAUUUUAUGAACGUGCCCUGGAGUGAAGUGAGUUUUAAAAAGUAAUAAUAAUUUGUAAGACUUGCAAAGGCAGUGCAAUGAAUAAGACUGCUUGCAUUUAACUGGAUGUGAACAAGAUGUAAUAACCUUUAUUACUGCACAGUUAACAUGAAUAUAAAAAUAAUAAAUACUGGCCUAUAGGCAUAAUUACAAUCUGUAACUAAGUUAGCUACAAUCAUUAAAAAAAUUAAUUAAAAUAAUAAAGUCAGGGGGAAAAAAAAUAAAAAAAUAAGAAAAGGCACCGCUGGGAUUCGAACCCAGGAUCUCCUGUUUACUAGACAGGCGCUUUAACCAUCUAAGCCACGGCGCCACGGCCCAAUACUGAAAGAAUUAUUAGCUAUAUUAGAUAUGACUAUUAAGCCUAUUAGCUAUACGGUAAUUUUAUCUUGUGGUAGCUUUUAUUUGGACUGCAAUAAACUGACUGUUAAAGCAUUAGUGUAACUUAUAUAAUAAAUCAAGAAAGACAAUAAAUCUCUCUAUUUUAUAUGUAUUUCUCUCAUGUUUUUGCUAAAAAUUUACGAAGCAAAUCGUGAUUAAUGUCAAUGCUGGAGUCUGUUUCACUACAGCAGAGG